CUGGACUUCAUCUGACUGGUUCUGUCUUGAUCCCAUUGUUCCAGCUUGAGAAUCCGUACUCGGCGCUGCAAGCCCAGGAAGUCUUGCUGGUUUCUUGCAGAUGGGGCUGCAUAUACUGGGCGUCAGGGUUGAGAUGGCGUGGCAAAGAAGCGGGAAUGGAUUGUGGAUCCUGCUGGUUUUCUUACUGGAUUUACUGGGAACUACGGCCAGCAAUAUGGAACCCAUCUACUGGAAUUCCCUGAACGAAAGGUUUAGGGACGACAAGGGCUACAUUCUUUACCCUCAGAUCGGGGACCGGCUGGACCUCAUCUGUCCCCCGCUGGACACCAUCAGGUCCACGCCUGAGUAUGAGUACUACAAACUUUACCUGGUGUCAUCGCGGGAGCAGGCGGACCGCUGCGAGGUGAUGGGAGCGCCCAACAUUGUGCUGACGUGCGACGAGCCCACGCGAGAGCGCCGCUUCACCAUCAAGUUCCAGGAGUUCUCCCCGAACCUCUGGGGACACGAGUUCAAGAGCAUGCAUGACUACUACAUCAUUGGUGGGAACUCCACCCAGUCCCGAGCACCUUUCGAAGACGAAGGCGGCGAUGAGAACGGACCCCUGCAGCCUUCGAACAUUGCCCUCAUCGCCGGAGCGGCGGGGGGCUCGGCCUUCCUCCUGCUGGUCACCGCUGUCAUCUGCAUCGUGUGCUACCGGCGGCGGCACGCCAAGCACUCGGACACCCACCACCCUCCACUGUCACUCUCCUCCCUCACCAGCCCAAAGCGCGGGGGCGGUGGCGGCAUAUCUAGCUCCAACAACAACGGCUCCGAGCCCAGUGACAUCAUCAUCCCCCUCCGGACGUCGGACUCGGCUUACUGCCCGCACUACGAGAAGGUCAGCGGGGACUACGGGCACCCCGUCUACAUCGUCCAGGAGAUGCCACCUCAAAGCCCAGCCAACAUUUACUACAAAGUAUGAGACGAUCGACAGGACAGCCCCAUCUCCCUCCACCAACUGACCCCCCUUCUCCCAAUGAAGCCACAGCAAAGCUUGAUUGCCUCAGUAGUAUUGUCCCUUGGACUCCUCCCACCCAUCCACAGUUGUGUUGUUAGCUAAAAAAAACCCUGCCCCCCACAUCGUUGCACACAACUGGGCUAACAUAACCCUCUUAUCAAGGCCCUCACGAUUGGGCAAAAGGCGCUGAAUGGCCCUCCGAUCUUGUAAACUCAGAGUCCCACCCAAGCGCCACGCCCCCACCUCCACAUUUGAAUGCCAGUAUAAGCGCAACGCACUCUUUUUGUAGGCCUAGCGCUUAGAUGAGGGAUAAUUUCAAAAAGAAAAUAAAGGUAUAAAAGCAGAAAAGACUGGACUCACCUCUGGUUCGCAGAGGCCACACCUGCCUUCUAUGACCCCCCCCCCCACCACCACCACCC